ACAUUAAAAUAAUAUUUUUUGAGAGAAUAUAUGAGUCUCUACCAUUGCUUAUGCUCUAAGGUAAUUGAUAUGUUGUCUACUAGUCUUAAUUGCGCGCAUUGAUGUUUUUUUUUUUUUUUUGAGAAUUUUGAAGGGUUGUCUUGUUUUGGAGGAUUAGAUGAUGUAAACAAGUUUAUCUCUUUUACUUUGUGCCUUUAUUCUGAUUAAUUACCAAAUCUUAACAAAGUAUAAUCAAGACUUGCUUCUAUAAGCAAAUAAAUAAAUUAUUCUUUAGUGGAGAAUCCAUAAUAACCAUUAAUUAUAUUCCUCAAAAGCUUUGGGUGUUUAUAUUUAUUUAGUCUACGGAUUUUGUGAUGUUUAUAACACAUUUGGUAUUUCAGAGUAUGAUUAAACAUGCCUUUGUAAAAUCUCCAACAAGGAAGUUUUAAGGUUUUAUAACCAAUAAUCAUACAUUCAAUCCCAGUUCUAAGAAUCGUUUCUUCACGUAAACUCUUGGUUUUACUGAUUUCGAUACAUAAGAUUUUUAUCGAUGUUUCUUUUUUUAAGAAUCAAUGCGACAAUGCGUUGUCGUUCCACGAGCGAGGAGUCCCAAAUUUGCGAUAUUUUUCUUUUAAAUUACCUCUGAGCAAUAAUUGUAUCCGUAGUACGAUGAGAGUGUUUUUAUAACAAAAUUCCUAGCUAGAGUGUUUGAAUUCAUGGGCCAAUGAGAGUAAAGAAUAGCUCUUUUAUUCGCCGAGGUAUCUAGCUAGGAAUUUUGUCAAAAUUUAGACGUUAAUUAGUGGUUUUGUUCUUGGUGACACAAAAGAUAUUAGGAUUCUAUAUAUUAACGAAAUCUAGCGAUCAUAGAUAGGGGUUGACACCAUGAUAUGCCAAUGUUGUUGAAGCAGUCAAUAAACCUCAAGUUGUGUAUAUACUAUUUACACAAAUAUCAUGUAUUUUUUUUUAUUCAAAUCAUAUUUAAUUUUUAGCACUUCACAUAUUAUAUGUAAUUGAAAUCUAUUGAAUAUUGUAUUUUUAAUAUUUUGGAUUAUCUUCUGUCAGUCUUAUAGUUAAAAGCAGUGAGCAAACAUCAUGGUCAUGUGUGAUAACUAUACUUAUUUUUUAAUAUAUGCAAGUGGACAGUGAAUAACAAAAACAUUGAUAUUUCUUAAUUCAAUUAGAAAUAAAGCUUUAAAUCACCUAAAUUCCAUUACUUAUUUGAUGCCCCCCAAAUUUAAUUCCUACUAUGAAAAAUGAGGUUAGUACAUGUUUGAGACAAAAGAAAGAAAGAAAGAAAGAGAGGUUAGUACACAUAAUUGAGAAUUGAUGUCGACCAAUCUCUCUUUCUCUCUCUAAGUUGCAAAACCCCUCCCUAUAAAUAGAUGUCUCGGUCGUGUCUUUGUCUCCCACAUCACUACAAAUCUCUCUUUUUCUCCAAGUUCACUAAAAUUAAAUAGAAAGAAAAAGAAAUUUGACAAAAAAAAAAUGGAGAAUAUGGGAACUAGAGUGAUAGAGCCAUUGAUAAUGGGGAGAGUGGUAGGAGAUGUUCUUGAUUUCUUCACUCCAACAAUUAAGAUGAACGUGAGUUAUAACAAGAAGCAAGUCUCCAAUGGCCAUGAGCUCUUUCCUUCCUCUGUUUCCUCUAAGCCUAGGGUUGAGAUCCAUGGUGGUGAUCUCAGAUCCUUCUUCACUUUGGUGAUGAUUGAUCCAGAUGUUCCAGGUCCUAGUGACCCCUUUCUAAAAGAACACCUGCACUGGAUCGUUACAAACAUUCCCGGCACAACAGAUGCUACGUUUGGCAAAGAGGUGGUGAGCUAUGAAUUGCCAAGGCCAAGCAUAGGGAUACAUAGGUUUGUGUUUGUUCUGUUCAAGCAGAAGCAAAGACGCGUUAUCUUCCCCAAUAUCCCUUCGAGAGAUCACUUCAACACUCGUAAAUUUGCGGUGGAGUAUGAUCUUGGUCUCCCUGUAGCGGCUGUCUUCUUUAACGCACAAAGAGAAACCGCUGCUCGCAAACGCUAGUUUCAUUAUUGUCCAUCGAAUGCCAAAACGAAAGAAGAAAAAAUUGUAAUCUCCUGUUUAUUUAUGUUCUGAAUUCCCGUACUUUGAAUAAAACUGCCUUCAGAUGAGUUGAAUCCGAAAUAUCAGUUUAGUUAACAAAAGUAUUGAUAACGACACUAUCACAAUAAAAACUAGAUUGCAUAUCAUGUUUCGCAUCUUGUACCACUAAAUAAAUAGUAAACUCUUGAGUAAUUAAUAAAAUCUAAGUUAUUAAA